GAAAGAGAAGGCGCUGGUCUCAGGCUCAGAGCAGCAGUGUGCUGAGAGACAUCAGAGCGGUGAGGACGGAGAGGUGUAAGGAUGAAAGGAUCGAGGGAACGGAGGGAUGGUGCAGCGUGAAUGCAUGCUUAAGUGGUGCAGCGCGCACUCAGGACACAGAAGCUUCUCAUCAAGCUGCGACUUGUUGCAUCAUUAAAGCUACACGAAUGGACCUGUUCAUGAUAAACCACUGCUAAUUAUCGCUAAUUACUGAUCGCUAAUCAGGCUGGAGGACUGCAGUGUGACCUGAAGGCACGAUUCCGUUCCCUCAGUGGGACCCAUUUCAGGGGGCGUGAACUUACUGAAGAGCUGAUUUUUCUCAAUGAGGAUUUAAUAGUGGAGGAUGUGAAGAGAAAAUACUGACUCUAGGGCUUGGACUGUGUGUGUGUGUGUGUGUGUGUGUGUGUGUGUGUGUGUGUGUGUGUGUGUGUGUGUGUGUGAUGUCUUGGUCUUUGUACGAUGGCAAUGAGGCUCUUGGGGAUCUGUGGGCGACCUUUGAUGUGCCCAGCCCAACAUGCCCCGCCUCUCCUGUCUUUGACUCCACCCUUAGUUGAUCAUGCAAGUGCUUCAGAUCGUCAAAGAGCUGGUGUCUCCGUCUCGACGCCGCGCCGGCUCCAGGUUUGCAGCGUCUGAAGGAGAGCAGGAUGCCGCUGUGAAGUUGGAUCAGGAACGGGCUGAAAUCGUAGCCAGAUAUGACAAGGGUUUGGAAGGUGGUUCGGUUGAGCCGUGGGAGGAGGCGAACUAUGACCUCUACAAAGUGGUGGACCGCUUCGGCUUCCUGCAUGAGAAUGAACUUCCAGACUCAAAUGCCAUAGAGGAAAAGCAAAAGCACCUGGAACUGGAGAGGACAGAAAAAUGGCUGAAGAUGCUGAAAAGCUGGGACAAGUACAAGAACAGCGAGAAGCUGGUAAGGAGGAUCUAUAAAGGAAUCCCACUACAGCUUCGAGGACAGGUCUGGAGUCUCCUCCUUGACGUCCCCAAAAUAAAAGAGGAGAAGAAGGACUUCUACGAGAAGCUGAAGAUGAGAGCAAGAUGCUUGUCUCCUGAUAUUCGUCAAAUAGAUCUGGACGUGAACCGCACAUACAGAGACCACAUCAUGUUUAUGCGCCGCUAUGACGUCAAGCAGCAGGACCUCUUCCACGUCCUCACGGCAUACUCUAUGUACAACAGGGAGGUGGGAUAUUGUCAAGGUAUGAGCCAGAUCACUGCUCUCCUCCUGAUUUACAUGAAUGAAGAAGAUGCAUUCUGGGCUCUGGUCAAGCUGCUCUCAGGACAGAGACAUACAAUGCAUGGAUUUUUUGUGCCAGGCUUUCCAAAGCUGCUACGCUUCCAAGAGCACCAUGACCGUAUUCUAAAGAAGAUGAUGCCUAAACUUAAACAGCAUCUGGACAACCAGGAGGUUUUCACCAGCCUCUAUACCAUGAAGUGGUUCUUUCAGUGCUUUCUGGAUCGGACCCCUUUCACAUUAACCCUCAGAAUAUGGGACAUCUACAUUCUAGAGGGGGAGAGAGUUCUCCCUGCGAUGUCCUACACCAUCCUCAAGCUUCACAAAAAGACCCUUAUGAAGUUUUCCAUGGAGGACCUUGUGGAGUUCCUCCAAGCUACUCUCUCGAAAGAUUUCUUCUUCGACGACGACUAUGUAAUCGAGCAGCUCCAGAGUUCCAUGUCUGAGCUCAGACGCUCCAAACUAGAGCUUCCUGCUCCAGGUAAAGAUGAGGAGUUUCCCACAAAGCCACUGGGUCAGCUUCCACCUGAGCCUGAGGGAUUGGCGCCAGAGAAAGCCAAUCACAUCGCUAACGGGCGGAUGGAGGUACCGGCGUCCCCGAGCACAGCCAUUACGGAAACAGUGGUUUCAGCAAAUGGAGAGAAAAAAGACCCGGCAGAUAAAAUGGCACAAAAGGUAGACAAACGGGAGGGGAGCAAAGAAGCCACGCCCAACGAGAGAGGAAAGACGCACACGCAAUCGAGCCAGAACUUGAACGUAGGUCUUAGUGGGCGCAGAGACAUUGGGCCACGAUGGGUAAAACCAUCUGAGGGCAGACUAGCGGCUAUGAUCAACAGCACGGUACCCUCUUCUCCUGUCACAUCAGUGGCCAGUGAACAGCUACGUCAUCAUCACCCACGCUCUAGAGGCUUCAUGCCCGGUGCUGACCGUGGCUCCAACGCCUCACAGUACGACAAUGUCCCAGUGUCUGAUGGAGAUGUUGUAGACGUUCCAGUUUUUACGGCAGUUUCCGAACCUACUCGUCAGUACGUUGCACCAUCUGUUAAACAAGAAAGCCCUACAAGGCCCCCUAGUGGUGGUAUCACUGCUCCAACUUUCAGAAUUCCUAAAAAUCCACCUGUUCACUUGAUGCCUGACCCCCGACAGGAUUUACACUACACCCCAGGUAUGAUGCCUGUUUAUUCCCCCUAUCCGAAAAUGCAGCCGGAAAACCGAGCGUAUGGAAGAUCAUAUGAUGAGAGGGCAUACGGUACAACGGUACGCUCCACACCUCCAAAUCGCUCACCAGAAAAAUCCCUGAUAAAUAACAGCUACAACUCAUAUCGGCGUCAGCCGAUAAAUGCCGAUUUUGUAGGGCAGAUGGACAGCCUUGUUGAAAGCGGCUAUUUUCAGAGGCAGCCCACUCGGCAUGCAGAUCAGCGUUAUGAGAGGCAUUGGCAAAGCCAAGGCUGGCACGGUGAGAUGGAUGUGGAUGGGGCGUCCCUGCGUAUUCCGGGCGGGUUACCCCGCUCAACAAGCUUUAACAAAGCCCAGCUCUCACCUGUACACCAUGGCCAGGAGUUCAGCUUCCCACCAAUGCCCAUCUCAGACAACGUGAUGCACAACAGAGCUGUGACCAGCAGGAAACAGAUGCCGACAGUGUUCGGAGGAGUUCAUUAUCGACAAGAGGCCUUCGCCAUGCAAGAGUCCAUGCUGCUCUGAGAGAGAGAAAGAGAGAGAGAAAGUGAGAGAGAGAGAAAGUAAGUGUAGUGUGAGAGAGAGAAAGUAAGUGUAGUGUGAGAGAGAAGAGUAAGAAAUGGACUUUAAAAAAUGUGACUAGGAGACAUGGAGGAAAAAAGUGAGUGUUAGUGAGAUGGAUGGAUGGCAAAUAGAAUUGAUUAUCUGAUUAUCUAGAAAAAGUGUGUGUGUUUGUGUGUGUGUGAGAGAGAGAGCUCUGUUUGGUUUGUUCUGUGUGUUUUCUCAGUGGGACUCUCUGCCCUCGGCAUCUUUACUGAACCCACUUGGCAGCUUCCACCAGCUCCAGGUGUUUCUAAUGAUCAACCCAUUUUGUUGUUUUUAUUUCGUUCUAUUUGUUUUCUUUGCUUAAUCCUAAUUAACAGCAACACUUUAUUUUCAAGAUUUUUACAUUUAAUAUUGUACAGAAAGUGUUUUUCUAUGUAUUUAACCAUGCUUGUCAAUAGCGUGAAUUGGAGAGAAAAGAAAAUCCCACAUUAUUUUUAAUAAUUUAGUUUUCCAUGAGCAUAAAGUCUUUAUAUGUAUAUAGUGUAUACAUAUUUUUGAGCUCGGUUUAUUACGUAGGGUUUUGAAUAUGAAAAGAAUGAGCUCAGAUUAGAACAGACACAAGUCCCAGUUCUACAUAUUUCGUUUUUGCACGAACCACAAAAUGUACAUUUUUUUCCUUCGGUAUGGAGGGAUUUCUUUCUUUCUCUCAAUGAUAUAUGCAGUAAAAGUGAGGAGUACGUUAUAACUGUGACAAUCCAGAGAGUUUGGUCAUCGUAUGAAACCCUAUUGAAACGCUAUUGACAAGCAAUAGCAGCUCAUUUCAAACCUCCAGCUCAAGUCUUUCCAGAAAAUGUCUCGGUCUGUCUGCUUUGUUAUAGUCCCAGAAUACACUCAGGUUAGGGGUGGUUUUGUUACAAAAGCUGCUCUGGAAAAGAAAGUAAAGCAUCAAAACACUAUCAUCAUCUUCGCAAAUAGCAAUAUCUUUAUAUAUAACUCAGUAAUUUAGCUUUAUUUAGUCAAUAUACACCAAGAUGCCAGUUUAUUAGCUAUGUAUAGCUAGAGGUGUGUGUAUUUUUUAUUUUUUUUUAAAUCCCACCUGCUCCUUCUGUUCUUAUUGUUUUCAUAAAAUCAUCAGAAUGAAUGAACGCAGUAAACAUCAAGGCACUGACUACAGUAUAUCUUACGGCAUACAAGCUGCAGUCUCAGGCUUGGGGAGGAUCCCGCUUAUGAUACACAUGAUGCUUCUACCUGCUAUGAAUAUACACUGAUCAUUUAUCCUUUUUAAUAAUACUGACGCUGUAGAGAGAGACUCGAGCUUUCAUAAAGCUACAUAAUAAUGUUACCCUUAUUCUUCUAUGUUCUUAUCUUGGAACGUUUUCUGAAAGGGGACCUCUCCGUUGUAGGGUUCUACACGGAUCCUUUAUACCAGGGGUGUUCAAACUUAUCUGCAAAAGGGUUGGCGUGGGUGCAGGUUUUCAUUUCAAUCAAGCCGGAGCUACAGGAUCGGACUCCAGCUGGUUAAUCAGAUGAUCUCAGCCUUUAAUAAACUCAGGUGAGGUGUUUACCUGGAUGAAAAUCUGCACCCACAGCAGUAGCAGCAGCAGAAGUGGAAACUCCUGAUUUAAAGCAACACAAAGAACGCACUAAGGUGCUAGAUAGAAACUUUUAGAUGUACCUAAUUAACUGGCAACUUGGUGUGUAUUUGAAACAAGGACUACCAUAUUUUUUUUCUUCUUUCUUUCUUUUAAACUUCACUGUUAAUGCUGCAGCCUGAGAAAUCAAAAUCAGCAAGCAGCUAAAAUCGAACUCGGUAACAGCGUAUUUGACGAUUUUUACCAUUCACUAUGUACAAUUUUUUCCAUUCAAGAAGAACAGCUGGUAAAUUGAUCUCAAACAUAUUAGUGCUUUGAACCAAUCACAGUAAAACAUCUCAGAUCAAUAUCCUUUAAAUCAGUUUGAGCGACCGUUAUUAUCUGCAGUAAACUUUAGUGAUUAAGGAGUAUCUGUAGAGGAGUUCUGCAGAAACAGUGAUGCGUUCCCUGAGAAUUUGUGUACAAGUCUACAGAUUUUAAAGUCCAUGUAUUACCAUAAUUAGGCAAAUGUUUUACUUUUAUUUGUGGAAUUUCUUUGUUUUGUGCAAUGAAAUGAAUGAUUUAUUAUUAUUUUUUUAUUCAGUAAAUAUACUGCAUUUAAAGUGACACAUUCCUCUUCAUUAGCCUGGAUGCUAAUGGCCCAGUCUGGAACUGCUAACAGCUUUUCUGGCUUUUGUACACAAAAUAAGGACAUUGUAAAUAUCCUGGAUGUAAGUAAAGAGGAUGUAAUGACAUGUAUACAAUCUUGAGCUGGUCCCCGAUAUUCCUCUUGCUAACAUGAACAUCUCUGUGUUUACUGCACUGCAUAAAUGUUGUGUGUUUAUUUGUUUUGGUUUUUUUUUGUUUGUUUGUUUUUAAUGAUGAUGAGGAUGAGUGCUAUGGGGAUUCACCAGGCUGAAGUGUUUAGGAGACAUAUUGAAGGGUACAGUUUGAUUGGAACGGAGCCUAUGCUGUAUUCCCCAGCUAGCCUUUUCACUGGAUAUUAACUUAUUAUUAAAUGUCUCAUAUCUGUUGCACACACACACACCGUAUGUCAGCCCCUCACCAAACAGACUACUGUAACACACACUUUUUUAUUUUUAAACAUAAUGUACAUCACAUUUCCAUUUUUAAUGAAACUCACGUUUCUUUACACAAACAUGCUCUAAUAACUCUAAUAAUGCAGAAUAUUCCUGCUGAUAUAAAAAUACACACAUCAUGUGGAACCUACUAAGCACAACUCUCAGGCUGACUCAUGUAUUCCCAUACACCUUUGUAUCAUUAGUGCUACUUCAGGCCUGAGUUUGUGUGUAUAUGUAUAUAUUGUUCAAGAACAGUAUGUUUUGAUACAGAGUUUCAUUUGUGAUUAAUCAAGCAGGAGGAUUGUUUUUUUUUUUGUUGUUGUUUUUUUUGUUUUGGUUAAACUACUAAAUACAAAUUGACGAUCAAAAAUGACUGUCUAAUAAAAACUCUCCAGAUGGUUUGCCAUUCAAA